ACACUCUUCACUCAAACUAAAACAAGGAAAACAUACACAAAUAGCAGAAAAUGGCAAACAAGCUCUUCCUCGUCGGCGCAACUCUCGCCCUCUGCUUCCUCCUCACCAACGCUUCCAUCUACCGCACAGUCGUCGAGUUCGAGGAAGAUGACGCCACCAACCCCAUGGGCCCAAGACAGAGAUGCCAGAAGGAGUUCCAGCAAUCACAGCACCUAAGAGCUUGCCAGAGAUGGAUGCAGAAGCAAACAAGGCAAGGACGUGGCGAUGAGUUCGAUUUCGAAGACGACAUGGAGAACCCACAGGGCCCCCAGCAGGGAUACCAGCUACUCCAGAAGUGCUGCAACGAGCUUCGCCAGGAAGAGCCAGUUUGCGUUUGCCCCACCUUGAAACAGGCGGCUAGAGCUGUUAGACUCCAGGGACAGCACGGACCAUUCGAAUCCAGGAAAAUUUACCAGACAGCUAAGCACUUGCCUAACGUUUGCAAAAUCCAGCAAGUUGGUGAAUGCCCCUUCCAGAGCACCAUCCCUUUCUUCCCUCCUUACUACUAGAUUCCAAGCCCUAGCACGAUGAUCAUGAGUGUGGCCAUUGAUGUAUGUUAAUACUAUACACAGUCAUCGUGUGUGUUUUAUAAAACUGUAAGCUUAGGAUGUUUGAGGCUAAUGUAAUUAGCAGUAAUAAAUAAGAGGUUAAGUU